GCCAAAGUGGUGCCCAACAACGACAAGAACCGAACCUUCAGCGUCUCCUACGUGCCCAAAGUCACUGGCCUGCACAAGGUGACGGUGCUGUUUGCGGGGCAGCACAUCACCAUACACAUGUGGGUCACCCCACACAUGUGGGUCCACCCCACACAUCUGGGUCCCCCCACACAUCUGUGUCACCCCACACAUCUGUGUCACCCCACACAUGUGGGUCACCCCACACAUGUGGGUCCACCCCACACAUGGGUCACCCCACACGCGUGGGUCACCCCACACAUAUGGGUCCCCCCCACACACGUGGGUCCCCCCACACAUCUGUGUCCCCCCACACACGUGGGUCCCCCCACACAUCUGGGUCCGCCCCACACAUCUGGGUCCACCCCACACAUCUGGGUCCGCCCCACACAUGUGGGUCACCCCACACAUGUGUCCCCCCCAGGCGCAGGUUCUGGCAGCCCGGAGGUUUUGGUGUCGGGCGCGUCGGGUCGUCGCGUGGAGACGCAGCUGGAGCCGCGUGGGGACGGCGUCUAUCGCUGCCAGUAUCGCCCCACAAGUGACGGGACCCACAGCGUGGGGGUCACGUUCGGGGGGACACACAUCCCAAAGAGCCCAUUCAGUGUCAGCGUGGGGCAGGCCUGCAACCCGUCUCAGUGCCGCGCCGUGGGGCGGGGGCUGCAGCCCAAGGGGCUGCGGGUGAAGGAGGCGGCCGACUUCAAGGUGUUCACUAAGGGGGCCGGCAGUGGGGAGCUCAAGGUCAACGUCAAAGGACCCGAGUGAGGUCCGGAGCCGGUGAAGCAGAAGGAUUUGGGCGACGGGGUCUUUGGCUGGCGAUAACCCAGCACCCCCGGCACAUACAGCGUCAGCAUCACGUAUGGGGGGCAGCCCAUACCACGCAGCCCCUUUGAGGUGCAGGUGGGUCCCGCAGGGGGGGGUGCCCCGAAGGUCCGUGCGUGGGCCCCGGGGCUGCAGGGAGGAACCGUGGGCUGCUCAGCUGACUUUGUGGUGGAGGCGCUGGGAGACGACGUGGGAACAUUGGGUUUCUCAGUGGAAGGCCCGUCCCAGGCCCGCAUUGAGUGCGAUGACCGCGGUGACGGGUCGUGUGACGUUCGUUACUGGCCGGGGGAACCCGGGGAUUACGCUGUUCAUGUGUUGUGUGAUGGGGAGGACAUCAAGGGCAGCCCCUUCAUGGCCGACAUCAGGCCCAGCACCAGGGACAGCCACCCCGACAAGGUGAAGGCGCAGGGUCCCGGGUUGGAGCCCACCGGGGUGGCUGUCAACCAAGUGGCUGAAUUCACUGUGGACGCCAAACAGGGGGGGAAGGGACCCCUCACUGUGCAGAUGCAGGUAAGGCGCUGUGCCCUGAUUGGCCAGUGUUACCGCCUGCCCUUGUACCACUACGCUCUGAUUGGCCAAUGUUACCCCCUGCCCUACGCUCUGAUUGGCCAACGUUACCCCCUGCCCUGGCACCACUACGUUCUGAUUGGCCGACGUUACCCCCUGCCCUGGCAACGCUACACUCUGAUUGGUCAACGUUACCCCCUGCCCAGGCAGUGCUAUGCUCUGAUUGGCCGCUACCCCCUGCCCUGGCACCACUACGCCCUGAUUGGUCAACGUUACCCCCUGCCCUGGCAGCAUUGCGCCCUGAUUGGCCAACGUUACUGCCUGCCCAGGCGAUGCUACGCUCUGAUUGGCCGCUACCCCCUGCCCUGCCAACACCACGCCCUGAUUGGCCAAUGUCACACCCUGCCCUGGCAACGCUACGCUCUGAUUGGCCAAAGCCACGCCCUGAUUGGCCAACGUCACCCCCUGCCCCGUCAACGUCACCCCCUGAUUGGCCAGCGUCACCCCCUGCCCCGCCAACGCCACGCUCUGAUUGGCCAGCGCUACGCCCUGAUUGGUCAACCGCCCCCUGGUGGCCGCUGGUGGUACUGCUCCCUGCUGCCACCUAUGUGUCCCUAUAUGUCCCAACGUAUCCCUAUGGGUCCCUAUGGGUCCCUAUGGGUCCCUAUAUGUCCCUAUGGGUCCCUAUAUGUUUCUAUGGGGUUUUUCCCCCCUAUAGGCGACGUGAGCAUCGGCAUUAAAUGCGCCCCGGGGGUCGUGGGUCCGUCGGAGGCGGAUCUGGACUUUGACAUCAUCCGUAACGACAACGACACCUUCACGGUGCGAUACACCCCAAAGGGGGCCGGGAUGCACACCAUCAUGGUGCUGUUCGCUGACCAGGCGACCCCCAGCAGCCCCAUCCGGGUCCGUGUCGACCCCUCACACGACGCCAGCAAAGUGAAGGCCGAGGGGCCGGGGCUCAGCCGCACCGGCGUGGAGCUGGGUAAGCCCACCCAUUUCACAGUGCACACUAAAGGAGCCGGUCGUGCAGCUCUGGAGGUUGAGGUGAAUGGAGCCAACAAAGGGGACGCGGCCAAAGACGUCGACAUCAAGGACAACCACGAUGGGACUCACACUGUCACAUACACACCCAUACAGCAGGGUAACCUGGGGGUCUCAGUGAAGUAUGGGGGAGACCCCAUCCCCAAAAGCCCUUUUGGGGUCAGCGUCAGCCCCGCCGUGGAGCUCAAUAGGAUCAAGAUCUCCGGCCUGGAUGACAAGCUGGAGGUGGGCAAGGAGCAGGAGUUCACGGUGAAGGCCAAGGGGGCCGGGGGUCAAGGCAAAGUGGGGGCGCGCAUUGUGGGUCCGACCCACAAGUCGGUGCCGUGCCGCGUGGAUGUGGGGCCGGGGGCCGAGAGCAGCAGCGUGCGCUGGACCCCCCCCCACGAGGGACCCUACAACGUGGAGGUCACCUACGAUGGGAUCCCCGUCCCUGGGAGCCCCUUCCCCGUCGAGGCUGUGCCCCCCACCGACCCCUCUAAGGUUCGUGCCUUCGGUCCAGGCCUUCACGGUGGGCAGCCGGGGGUCCCGGCCCGUUUCACCAUCGACACCAAAGGGGCCGGGACGGGGGGUCUGGGCCUCACAGUGGAGGGUCCGUGUGAAGCCCCCAUCGAGUGCCAGGACCACGGGGACGGCACCUGCUCCGUGUCCUAUUUACCCAGCAAGGCCGGGGAUUACACCAUUAACAUCCUCUUUGCCGGCUCCCAUGUACCCGGGUCCCCAUUUCUCGCCCCUAUAACGGCCCCAUUCGACCCCACAAAAGUCACUUGUGAAGGUCCUGGCUUAGAAAAGGGGGUUGUGGGGCAGAGGAGCCACUUUAGGGUGGAUUGUAGUAGGGCCGGCAGCGCUGAGCUCAGCAUUGGGAUCGAGUCCAAUAUGGGAACCCAGGCUGAGGUGUGUGUGGAGGACAAUGGGGACGGCACCUACAACAUCGGCUACACGGCCCUAAGCCCCGGGCCCUAUAGCGUGGCUGUGUUAUAUGGGGGGCAGCCCGUGCCCCAUUUCCCUGCCACCGUCUGCGUGGAACCGGCCGCAGAAGCAACGGGGGUCAAGGUCUAUGGGCCCGGAGUGGAGGGCAAGGGUGAGUUAUGGGGUUAUAUGGGGGUAUAUGGGGUUAUGUAUGGGGUCUGUGGGGCCUAUGGGGUCUAUGGGGCCUAUGGGGUGCAGUACACGCCCUAUGAGGAAGGUCCCCAUACAGUGGAGGUCUCCUAUGGGGGUCUCCCUGCCCCCCACAGCCCGUUCCGUGUCCCCGUGAGCGACGGCUGCGACCCCUCCAGGGUCCGCGUCCAUGGGCCGGGAAUUGGGGGGGGGGUCACAAACCAGCCCAACUGCUUCACCAUCGAGACACGGGGGCCUAAAGGUGUGGUGGAGCCGGUGGAGGUGACGGACAACGGGGACGGGACCAAAAGUGUCAGUUACGUCCCAUCCCGAGAGGGGCCCUACAACAUCUCUGUGCGCUAUGGGGACCAGGACGUGCCCCGAAGCCCGUUCAAGGUGAAGGCGCUGCCGUCCCACGACGCCAGCAAAGUUCGAGCUUCGGGGCCGGGGCUCAACACCAGCGGGAUCCCGGCGUCGCUGCCUGUGGAGUUCACCAUUGAUGCCAAGGACGCGGGAGAGGGGCUGCUGGCUGUGCAGAUCACGGUGGGUUAUGGGGGGAUAUGGGGGGAUAUGGGGGGAGGGGCGCUGUGGGAUACAGAAUUCUUAUGGGGGGUCACAUUGGGGGGUCUCCCAUUGACUCCCAUUGUAAGGUCCCCCAUUGGGUGCCCUACUGGGGGUCCCCCAUUGAGUCUUAUGGGGGGUCCCAUUGGGGGGGUCCCCCAUUGUUGGGUCCCCCUACUGACCCCCACUUGUGGGUCAGGCCCAGGGCUGGGUCCCACCAUCCAGCUGGGUGAGCAGACGCUGCUGACGGUUGACGCCAAGGCUGCGGGUCCCGGGAAGGUGACGUGUGCGGUGAGAGCCCCCGACGGGGCCGAGGCCGACGUGGACGUGGUGGAGAACGAGGACGGGACCUUCGACAUCUUCUACACGGCCCCACAGCCCGGGAAAUACAUCAUCUGUGUCAGGUUCGGGGGGGAGCACGUGCCCAACAGCCCCUUCCAGGUCAUGGUGAGGGGUCUCUCUCUGGCCGUGGAGGGUCCAUCCAAAGCCGAGAUCAGCUGCCGGGACCACCAGGACGGGACGUGCACCGUGUCCUACCUGCCCGUAUUGCCUGGGGACUACAGCAUCGUGGUCAAGUACAACGACAAGCACAUCGCAGGCAGCCCCUUCACUGCACGCAUCACUGGUGACGACAGCCUCCGCCAAUCACACCUGAAGGUCGGAGCCUCAGCCGACAUCCCAUUGGACAUCGGCGAGAGCGAACCUCAAGCGCAAUUGGCUGCAGCGUUCACCGUCCCUUCCGGCCGGAAGGAGCCGUGCCAGCUCAAACGGCUGCGGGACGGCCAUGUAGGGAUCUCAUUUGUCCCCCAGGAGGUGGGGGAGCACCUGGUUCACAUCUCCCGUGGGGGGCAGCCGCUGCCCCGCAGCCCCAUAGCCGUCACCAUCAGCCAGGCCGAGCUGGGGGACGCCAGCAGGGUCCGGGUUGGGGGGCCGGGGCUGCACGAGGGGAGGACGUUCACCCCCACACAUUUCACCAUCGACACCAGGGAUGCAGGUUAUGGGGGGCUGGCCUGCAUUGAGGGGCCCAGCAAAGUGGAACUAAUCAGCACCGAGGAGCUGCCGGAUGGGACCUGCAGGGUGGGCUACUGCCCCACUGAGCCUGGAAACUACAUCAUUGCUGUGCAAUUCGGGGACCAGCAUGUGCCUGGGAGCCCGUUCUCGGUGAAGGUGACGGGUGAGGGCCGGGUGAAGGAGAGCAUCACGCGGCGCCGCAGGGCCCCCCCCGAGGCUCAUGUGGGGACGGCGUGCGACCUCAGCCUCAAAAUAGGUGCUCGUUACCCCGCAGGUGAUUACGAGGUGGCGGUGAAGUUCAAUGACGAGCACAUCCCCGACAGCCCCUUUGUGGUUCCCGCUGCCCCCAACAGCGACGCCGCGCGACGUCUCACUGUUUCUAGCCUUCAGGUGAGGCUCCGGGAGAGGGGCGCGCACAGGCCCUACACAUGGCCAUAUAGGGGGCACACCCCCUAUCUCUGCCCCACAGACAAGUACGCGGUGCGUUUCAUCCCGCGUGAGAACGGCGUUUACUCCAUUGACGUCAAGUUCGAUGGGGCCCACAUCCCCGGGAGCCCCUUCAAGGUGCGCGUUGGUGAGCCUGGCCAGGCGGGCAACCCCACACUUGUCACAGCGUAUGGGGCAGGACUGGAGGGAGGAACCACCGGUCCCCGUCUGGUCAGCACCCACUCCCUGCGUGAGAGCUCCUCGGUUCUGGUUGAUUCUGGGUUGGGGGUCUCAGUUCCCCCCCCCACAACAACCGCUGCCCCCCCCCCAUCCGGACCCACCCCCCCUGGGGGGGUCCCGACCUUCUCGGACCCCUCCAAAGUGGUGGCCAAAGGUUUGGGGCUGAGCAAGGCCUUUGUGGGGCAGAGGAACUCCUUCACUGUGGACUGCAAACCUCAUAUCCCCCCAUAUAACCCCAUAUAUCCUAUAUCUCCCUAUAGGUUCCAACAUGCUGUUGUGGGCAUAGCAGAGAGCCAUCUGCUGGUCCAAUGGGGGGAUCAGCACGUCCCACACAGCCCCUUCCGCAUCAAUGUACCCUGAAUGGGAACCCCUGUCUAUGAAUGAACCCCCUCAGAUUAAUGAAUUAUGAACCCCUCAGUUUAAUGAAU